AUGGCGCCUCCAAAGUUUCUGGGCCUCUCAGGCCGACCACUCUCUCUGGCUGUCUCGACUGUAGCCACCACUGGCUUCCUUCUUUUCGGCUAUGAUCAAGGUGUCAUGAGCGGUAUCAUUACCGCCCCCGCCUUCAACAACUUCUUCACCGAAACCAAAGACAACUCGACCAUGCAGGGUCUCAUCACUGCUAUCUACGAAAUCGGAUGCUUGCUCGGUGCCAUGUUUGUCCUCUGGACCGGCGACUUGCUGGGCAGACGCAAGAAUAUCAUGGUGGGCGCCUUCAUCAUGGCUCUCGGUGUCAUUAUUCAGGUUACUUGCCAGGCCGGCUCCAGCCCCUUUGCUCAACUGUUCGUCGGCAGAGUCGUUAUGGGUUUCGGCAACGGCAUGAACACGUCGACCAUUCCUACUUACCAAGCUGAAUGCUCAAAGACAUCGAACCGUGGUCUUCUCAUCUGCAUUGAAGGUGGUGUCAUUGCCUUUGGCACCCUGAUUGCUUACUGGAUCGACUACGGCGCGUCUUACGGUCCCGAUGACCUCGUCUGGCGUUUCCCCAUCGCUUUCCAGCUUAUCUUCGCCAUCUUCAUCGUCAUCCCCAUGUUCUACCUUCCCGAGUCUCCCAGAUGGCUUCUCAGCCACGGCCGCACCGAGGACGCCGACAAGGUCAUUGCUGCUCUCCGUGGUUACGAGAUCGACGGUCCCGAGACCCUCCAGGAGCGCAACCUUAUUGUCGACUCCCUCCGUGCUUCCGGCGGUUACGGCCAGAAGAGCACUCCAUUCAAGGCUCUCUUUACUGGCGGCAAGACCCAGCAUUUCCGUCGUCUCUUGCUCGGCUCCAGCUCUCAGAUCAUGCAGCAAGUCGGUGGUUGCAACGCCGUCAUCUACUACUUCCCUAUCCUUUUCCAGGAUUCCAUUGGCGAGACCCACAACAUGUCCAUGUUGCUGGGUGGUAUCAACAUGAUCGUCUACUCCAUCUUCGCUACCGUCUCCUGGUUUGUCAUUGAGCGAGUCGGUCGCCGUCGUCUGUUCUUGAUCGGUAGCGUUGGCCAGAUGCUUUCCAUGGUCAUCGUCUUUUCCUGCUUGAUCCCCGACGACCCCAUGAAGGCCCGCGGCGCCGCCGUCGGUCUUUUCACCUACAUCGCCUUCUUUGGUGCCACCUGGCUUCCCCUCCCCUGGCUCUAUCCCGCCGAGGUCAACCCCAUCCGCACUCGUGGAAAGGCCAACGCCGUGUCUACCUGCGCCAACUGGAUGUUCAACUUCCUCAUCGUCAUGGUCACUCCCAUCAUGGUCGACAAGAUUGGCUGGGGAACUUACCUCUUCUUCGCCUGCAUGAACGCCUCCUUCAUUCCCAUCAUCUACUUCUUCUACCCCGAGACGGCCCGCCGCUCGCUCGAGGAGAUCGACAUCAUCUUCGCCAAGGGCUAUGUCGACAAGAUGUCGUACGUCAAGGCCGCCAAGGAGCUGCCUCAUCUCGCUCCCGAGGAGAUCGAAACCUAUGCCAACAGGUAUGGUCUCGUCGACCGCGAUUCCAACGGCGAGGGCGGUAACCGCCGCGACGAGGAGAAGUCGCGCGACCGCACCGACCAGAGCGACAGUGACACCCCCGCCACGUCGAUGUCGUCGACGAGCGCGGUGUCGAGUCCGGCUUCGGUGAUGGUAUCAACACCAAGAGCGAGCGUUAAUGAGUUUGAAGACGUCCUUUUAUUAUGA